UAAAUGUGUUUUUAAUUUGUUGUCGCUGUUUGAACGUAUCCCGACGAUGCUCACCUUACGAGUUUUUCUGCUAUGUCUCACGUUUAACUGGUGCCACGGCGCCGACUUAUCCAACAAGUUCUUUCCUAAGAACUUCCAGUUCGGCCUUAGCACUUCUGCUUAUCAAAUCGAAGGAGGAUGGAACGAAGGUGGCAAAGGGGAAAGCAUGUGGGACCGUUACUUCCACGAAAACACAUCUAGGAGUCUGGAUGGAUACAACGGCGACGUCACUUGCGACUCCUACCAUAGGUGGGAGGAAGACGUGCAGAUACUCAAAGACAUCGGCGUAGACGUCUACAGAUUCUCAAUCGCGUGGACCAGGAUAUUACCUGAUGGUACCACCAAACACAUUAACCAGGAAGGAGUGAAUUAUUACCUAAAUUUAAUAAAGGCCCUAAGAGACAACAACAUAGAGCCACUGCCUACCUUGUACCAUUGGGACCUUCCCCAGCACUUAAGCGAACUGGGCGGCUGGCUGAAUCCCCAGAUAGCCACCUACUUUGGCGAUUACGCGAGGAUUUGCUACCAAAUGUUCGGCGAACACGUUAAAAGAUGGCUCACCAUCAACGAGCCCAAAUCCACCUGUCUUAUAGGCUACGGGAGUAUUAACAACGCCCCCGGAUUGGAACUGAUAGGUGAUGGCAUAUACCAGUGCGCAUACGUGCAACUUCUCGCGCACGCCAAAGCUUACCGCAUCUAUGACGAAGAAUUUAGGAAUUCGCAAGGAGGAGUGGUCAGUAUCGCUCUGGAUCAUCCGUGGAGUGAACCUUACAGUGACUCGCCAUUGGAUGUAGAAGCGGCCAAUAUCGAGAAUCAGUUCGGCCUUGGUUGGUACGCCCACCCGAUAUAUCAUGGCAAUUGGCCCCAGCCUAUGAUAGAGCGCAUAGGAAAUCGAAGUCUUCUCGAGGGUUACACCUUCUCCCGCUUACCAGUUCUGAGUAAUGAAGAUGUGGAGUACAUCAAAGGCACUCACGACUAUUUCGCCAUAAACAUCUAUACUGGUUACUAUACGCAACACAUUGACGACUAUGGCGUGGGCGAGCCCAGUUACUGGCUGGAUAAGGGCAACAACGUCUUCAGCGACCCCUCGUGGCCGAAAUCGUCUUCUGACUGGCUUACUUCUUACCCGGAAGCUAUGAGGAAACUUCUCAACUGGAUCAAGGUGGAGUACAAUCCCGCAGAGGUGAUGGUUACUGAAAAUGGGUGGCCGGACAGCACCGGAACCUUAGAGGAUCAAGAGAGGAUCACCUACAUGCAGGGUUACUUAAGCAAUCUACUGGAUGCUAUCGACGAUGGAGUCAACGUAAUCGGUUACUUGCACUGGAGUCUGCUCGAUGUCCUUGAAUGGAAUGCGGGUCAUACGCAAAGGUUGGGGUUAGUCCAUGUGGAUUUUGAGAGCGCGAACCUGACAAGAACUUGGAAAAAUUCGGCGUACUGGUAUCAGAAUCUGUUGACUACCAGGUGUUUGGUGGAUAAUUGCCAGUAGUACCCUUGCCCAAUAAACGAAUCGU